AUGAAGCAUCUUGCUGCAUACCUUCUCCUCGGCCUCGGUGGAAACACCUCCCCAUCCGCCGCUGACGUUAAGGGUGUUCUGGAGUCCGUUGGCAUCGACGCGGAUGAGGAGCGCUUGGACAAGCUGAUCGCUGAGCUGAAGGGCAAGGACUUACAAGAGUUGAUCGCAGAAGGCGCCACCAAGCUCGCCUCCGUUCCAUCAGGUGGAGGGGGUGGUGGAGGAGCAGGAGGCGCUGGACCCGCUGCAGGAGGCGCUGCACCUGAAGCUGCUGAGGAGAAGAAAGAGGAGAAGAAGGAAGAGGAGAAGGAUGAGUCGGACGAGGACAUGGGCUUCGGUCUCUUCGACUAG